AUGAACUUUCGAUUCAUUGUCUUUGCACUGUGUGUCUCCAGAGCAGUAGCACAAUCAGCAUUUGGUCACGGAUCACACAGACCAUUGAAUGAUGCAGACGAAGUGGCAGCCAGUAGGCCAAUUUGUGACACAGAUCGACACGGCAACAAGUAUAUGCCAUGUGCAACGCCAGAUCUGGGAAAUGGGAGAAACUGGCCGUGCAUAAAGAUUACUGACUUGUGCAAUGGUCGCAGAGAUUGCCCAAACGGAGAUGAUGAGGAUCACCUUCAUUGCUUCUAUCACAAAUAUAGACUAGAAGAGUUUCAAAAGCUUCGGAAGAUGCUAGAUGAGAUCCGAGGAAAGAGAUAUGUCUGGUAA